CUUCUUUUUAACAAAAUCAUCUUCUUGCAUCUGUGUUUAUACCAUCACUUCUAUAUCAAAUAUAUAUUGGUGUAUGUGUGUGAUUGAGUGCAGGAGAUAAAGAUCAACUGAUCUAAGAAGCUAAUCAAGGCAACGUACCUGAUUGGAGUUGUGAAGAGCAGUUGCAUAACAAGGCAGCAAGCUUGGAUCAAAGGAGGUGAGUAAUAGCUCAACCCCAACAAUAUGGAGCCAUGGACAAGAACUGGAGAAAAAAGGUCGUUGUCACUGUCGUCUGUUUUUCUUGACUUCCGGUGAAAGAAACGCGUAGCCAUCAACUUGAUGAUGCCUCUGAAUAAGGAAUCAAACCGUUUACUUGACCUGACCUGAGCUUGCUCUUCUUACCGAUUGUCCAUCGUCAUUUCUCAAAUCUAAACCACUGCAUCCAUAGCCCUUUACUCCAAUGAAGGCAUCGUCAUCAUCCCCAUCGCUUCCAUCGGGGCCACCAUCCUCAUGGCCACCGGAGUUCCCUGACUACACAUACGACGUGUUCUUGAGCUUCAGAGGUGAAGACACACGGAGGACCUUCACGGACCACCUCUACGUGGCACUAGUUCGUGCCGGAGUCAGGACCUUUAGGGAUGCCGAGGGACUAAGAAGGGGAGAAAACAUAGCGGAGGAUUUGGUGGAGAUAAUCCAAGGGUGUAGGAUCUCACUCAUCGUCUUCUCAGAAAAGUACGCGGAUUCAAGUUGGUGUCUCGAGGAGCUGGUGCGGAUCAUGGAGUGUAGAAAAACACAAAGGCAACGGGUUUUCCCAAUAUUCUAUCAUGUCGAUCCUUCACAUGUUAGAAACCAGACCGGUAGCUUUGCUCAUGCGUUUGAGAGACAUGAAGCCACAGUACAUCAAGGUAGAGAUAAGAUAGCUAGGUGGAGAGCUGCUCUUAGAGGAGCGGCGGAUUUGGCUGGCUUCGAUAUUGCUGAUAGGCAUGAAGCAGAGUUUAUCAAUAGCAUUGUUGACGAGAUAUGCAGACAGCUGACCACCCCAUACUUGAAUUUAGCUGUCUAUCCAGUUGGAAUAGAUUAUCGUGUUAAAGAUAUUAGUGAAUAUAUACGUGUUAGAUUAGAUAAUGCUGUUUGCAUGGUUGGAAUUUGGGGUAUGGGUGGAAUCGGCAAAACAACAGUUGCCAAAGACAUCUAUAACAAAUUUUAUCAUGAAUUUGACAGUAGAUGUUUCCUAGCAGAUGUUAGGGAAACAGCAACGGACUCAAGUGGUAAGAUUGCACUGCAAGAAAGACUUCUUUCUGAUGUCUUAAAACCAACCAAGAUAGAGGUAGGUGAUGUUUCCAGAGGAAUCAAUGUGAUCAGAGAACGACUUGGAAGCAAAAAGGUACUUGUCAUCAUUGACAAUGUCGAUCAUGUGGACCAAUUGACUGCAUUGGCAAUAAGGCGUGAUUCCUUUGGUCUGGGAAGUAUAAUUAUUAUAACAACAAGAGAUCGACAUUUGUUACAACUAGUGAAAGUGGAUAAAAUACAUCUGACACAAAAAAUGAAUGAAGAAGAAGCUCUUGAGCUCUUCAGUUGGCAUGCUUUUCAAAAUUAUUCUCCUAAUGAAGACUAUAUCGAACUCUCAAGAAGAGUGGUUAUUUACUGUGGAGGUUUACCACUGGCUCUUGAAAUUUUAGGGUCUUUCCUCUUUGGAAGGAGCAUAGGAGAUUGGAAUAGCACACUGAAGAAAUUGGAAAAAUUUCCUGAUGGCAAAAUUCAGUCAAAGCUCAGAAUAAGCUUUGAUGCACUUGAGGCGAGCCAGAGACACAUAUUCCUCCACAUAUGUUUUUUCUUCAUUGGAAUGGACAAAAACCAUGUCAUAAAAAUACUUGAGGGCUGUGGUUUUUCUCCAGAAAUAGAAAUCAGUGUCCUCUCUGAACGUUGCCUCGUAACUAUUAAUGAAAAAGACAAGCUAAUGAUGCAUGAUUUGCUUCGAGACAUGGGCAGAGAAAUUGUUCGUGAAGAAUCCCCGAACCACCCUGGAAGACGUAGUAGAUUGUGGCGUCAGGAAGAUGUAAUAGAUGUUUUGAGAGAUGAAUCUGGAACUGAAGAGACUGAAGGACUCGCUCUAAAUUUGCAAAUAUCUGACAAAAUGCGUUUCAGUACAGAAGCAUUUAGAAACAUGAGGGGACUGAAAUUGCUCCAACUCAAGCAUGUAGUACUCACCGGACGCGCCAACAAGCUUCCCAAUAAGUUAAGAUGGCUCUGCUUGCGAGGACUGUUCCUUCAAAAUGCGUUUCUGGAUACAAGUUACCUGGUUUCUAUGGACCUGCGGUACAGCAAUCGCACACGAGUUUGGAAGGAUUCCAGGGUAUAUUAA